AUGAUGAACUUCCUCUCCAUCCUCGCCCUGGCCAUUGCCGCCUCAGCAACUCCAAUUGCCAUCCCCGAAGCUGGCGAUGCAGUCGUUGCUCCCCGCCAAAUCAUCGGCCGUACUCGCUUGACUGAGAACGAAUUCUCCUCCUUGAUUGGGGGUGGAUGCAAGGACGUUAUCUUCGUGUGGGCGCGUGGAUCCACCGAGGCCGGCAACAUGGGCGCCAUCAUUGGCCAGCCCCUCGGUGACGAGCUCCGCCGCGAAUACGGUAGCAACCUCGCCAUUGAAGGUGUCGACUACGCUGCUCUGCUGUCCACCAACUACCUCCCCGGCGGCACCGAUCUCGUUGCUGAGCUCGAGAUGCGCGGUAUCCUCGAGGACAUCAACCGCAAGUGCCCUACUGCCACCAUUGUUUGUGGUGGAUACUCUCAAGGUGCUGCUGUCAACCACCGUGCCAUUGAAGACCUCUCUGCCGCUGUCAAGAACCAAAUUGCCGGUGUCGUUACCUUUGGUGACACACAGGCCCGCCGUGACAACCAGCAGAUCCCCAACUUCCCCAAGGACAAGCUCAAGAUCUUCUGCGGUGGCCUUGUCCGCGACACUGUCUGUGACGGUAACCUUGCUGCGGCUGUCUUGCUUCCCCACCUUAGCUACGGAAGUGAUGCUGGAGAGGCUGGACGAUUCUUGAUCGGAAAGAUCAACGCUGUCCGCGGUGCAAAGGCUUAG